CGAGUUUAGCGAGUUGCAUGGCUUUUAUACUUACAUAUCACACUAAUUCCAAAUGAAAACAUGAAGAACAACGGAUCAUUUAUUUGUUGUUUAAUCCAUGACAGAAUGAAGUGAAGAAAAAGUACUAUGAGGCUGUUCGACAGCACUUUUUGCGGACCGAUCUAUUCACUCCUGAGUCGGUUACUCAUCGAUACCAAUCCCGUGUAGGUCGACGUUCCUUCCUUUCUGACGCACAUGAUGAUUCGCCGACGUGUCAAACGGUCGCAGCGUGGCGCCAACUACUGGCGAGGAAGACUGAGUCGAUGGCAGAUUUUUUUUUGGUGGCUGGUAUCGGCAGCCUUCACGAGUACCUGAUACCGUAUCGUCCCAAUAAGUACUCGCCAAUCCACAAUAAAUUAUAUAUAAUCAAUCAAUAAAUACAGUGAAGAAUAGAGAGGCCUAAAAAUCUGUAACAAAGUACACCGUAUGUGCGCGUUUGUGAUUGAGUGUAGGCCUCCUCCACUUGCACACACGCGCGUCUUCCACCUCCUCCUCCUCCUCCUCCUCCUCGUCACCGGGGGAUCUAGUCGGAACCGGUCCGGGGGUGAGCGGGCCCCUCGCUGCGAGAUAAUGGGCCGCCGGUGGACUUAAUGAGGCGGAGAUGCGCGGGGACGAGCUCAGACGCGCCAAAGGCGCGCGUCAGGUGAGGAGCCGCGGGUAGAAAGACGCAAGCCGAGGAGGAGGAGGAGGAGGAGGAGGCGGAGGCGGCAUGGAGGCCGGCCAGAGCGCGCAGGCGGCGGACUGCAUGGCGGGCGAGCACUCGGCCAGCGGCAUGUGCGUGCAGCCGGACCGGGACCGGGAGCGGGACCGAGACCGGGCCGAGCUGUCCAGCCCCAGCCCGCCGGCCAAGCAGCGCUCCCUGCGGGUGGUCUACGUGCUCAACGACGGGCUGAAGGCGGUGAUGGCCAGCAGCCCGGAGUCCGGCGCGCUGCAGUGCCUCCAGCGGGCGUGCGACGCCGAGAGCGCCCUGCUCACCACCGUCACCUUCGGAAGGCUCGACUUCGGGGAGACUUCCGUGCUGGACAGCUUCUACGACGCGGACGUGGCGGUGGUGGACAUGAGCGACGUCUUCCGCCAGCCGUCCUUGUUCUACCACCUGGGCGUGAGGGAGAGCUUCGACAUGGCCAACAACGUCAUCUUGUACCACGAUACCGACCCCGACACGGCCCAAUCGCUCAAGGACAUGGUCGCUCAGAAGAACACAAAGGCAGUUGGUCCGACAGGGUUAGGUUUCCCCUGGGUCCAGCUGCCUCCGGAGUACAGAGGCAAUAAAGCGUCCAGCGGCAACUACUACUUCAUCCCCUACAUCGUGACCCCCAACCAUGAAUACACCUGCUGCGAGAGCGACGCCCAGCGCAGGGCCAGUGAGUACAUGCAGCCCAGCUGGGACAACCUCCUGGGACCUCUGUGCGUCCCCCUGAUGGACCGCUUCACCAGCCUACUGAAGGAUAUCCACGUCACAUCCUGCGCCUCCUUUAAGGACACCUUGCUCAAUGACAUCCGGAAGGCCAGGGAGAAGUAUCAGGGCGAGGAGCUGGCCAAGGAGCUCUCCCGCAUCAAGCUCCGCAUCGACAACACCGAGGUCCUUACGCAAGACAUUGUCAUGAACUUGCUCUUCUCCUACAGGGACAUCCAGGACUACGACGCCAUGGUGAAACUGGUGCAAACCUUGGAGAUGCUGCCUACUUGUGACCUAGCAACGCAGCCCAUGAUCCAGUUCCACUAUGCCUUCGCACUGAACAGGAGGAACAGUCCUGGUGACAGGGAGCAGGCGCUACGUGUGAUGCUGCACGUCCUGCAGUCGUGCGAACACCCCGCGCCCGACAUGUUCUGUCUGUGCGGACGAAUUUACAAGGACAUCUUCCUGGACUCGGACUGCAAGGACACCAAGAACAGGGACAACGCUAUACAGUGGUAUCGGAAAGGUUUUGAGCUGCAGCCAACCCUCUACUCGGGCAUCAACCUGGCUGUUCUCCUCAUAGUUGCUGGCCAACAGUUUGAGAGCUCCAUGGAACUGAGGAAAAUUGGUGUUAGGUUGAAUAGUCUGUUGGGACGCAAAGGUUCCCUUGAGAAAAUGAACAACUACUGGGACGUGGGCCAGUUCUUCACCGUUAGCAUGUUGGCUAACGACAUUCCGAAAGCCACCCAGGCUGCUGAGAAGCUCUUUAAGCUGAAGCCGCCUCUCUGGUACCUGCGUUCUGUUGUGCAGAACCUUCAACUGAUCCAGAGGUUUAAAAAGCAGUCGGUGGAACAUUCCCCACAGCGGGACAGACUCAACUUCUGGAUGGACAUCAUUGUGGAGGCCACGCAGGGAACCACCAACCGACUCCGCUUUCCCGUGCUGAUUCUGGAGCCCACCAAAGUGUACCAGCCCUCGUAUGUGUCCAUCAACAACGAGGCAGAAGAGAAGAACGUCUCCAUCUGGCACGUGUCUCCCGCUGAAACGAAAGGCAUACACGAGUGGAACUUCACCGCCAUGUCCAUCAAAGGCAUCAGCAUCAGCAAGUUUGACGAGCGUUGCUGCUUCCUUUAUGUCCACGACAACUCUGAUGACUUCCAGAUUUAUUUCUCCACCGAGGAGCAGUGUGCUCGGUUCUGCUCCAUGGUGAAGGAGAUGAUUUCGGACGGUACCGGCAACGCUGUGGAGUUGGAAGGCGAAGGAGACGGCGACACCCUCGAGUACGAGUAUGACACGGAUGAGACGGGCGACCGGGUGGUGCUGGGACGGGGCACCUACGGGGUGGUGUACGCCGGGAGGGACGUCAGCAAUCAGGUCCGAAUCGCCAUCAAGGAGAUCCCGGAGAGAGACAGCAGGUACUCGCAGCCCCUUCAUGAAGAGAUAGCCCUGCACAAGUACCUCAAGCACAGGAACAUCGUCCAGUAUUUGGGCUCCGUUUCAGAGAACGGAUACAUUAAGAUCUUCAUGGAGCAAGUCCCUGGAGGGAGCUUGUCGGCAUUGCUGCGCUCGAAAUGGGGUCCCCUGAAGGAGGCCACCAUCAUCUUCUACACCCGACAGAUCCUGGAGGGGCUGCGUUACCUGCACGAGAACCAGAUCGUCCACCGAGACAUAAAGGGUGACAACGUGCUGGUCAACACCUACAGCGGCGUUCUGAAGAUUUCAGACUUUGGUACUUCCAAGCGGCUGGCAGGAGUCAACCCCUGCACCGAGACCUUCACGGGCACUCUGCAGUACAUGGCUCCCGAGAUCAUUGACAAGGGUCCUCGGGGGUACGGAGCCCCAGCCGACAUCUGGUCUCUGGGAUGCACCAUCAUCGAAAUGGCCACAGGGAAACCACCUUUCCAUGAGCUGGGCGAGCCGCAAGCCGCCAUGUUUAAGGUGGGCAUGUUCAAGAUCCACCCAGAGAUCCCCGAGUCUUUGUCGCUGGAGGCCAAGUCGUUCAUCCUGCGCUGCUUCGAGCCCGACCCUCACAAGCGAGCCCUGGCCUCCGACCUCCUGAGGGACACGUUCGUGCGACACAACACCAAGGGCAAGAAGAGCAAGAUCGCAUUCAAGCCGUCAGACUACAUCCACGUUUCGCUGCCGGUGCAGCUGCAGUGCGAGGCCGCGGGGAGCAGCAGCAGUGAGCACGGCUCCAUGAGUCCCGACUGCGACUCCAAACACGAUGUCUUCUUCCAGAAAAAGAAAAGCUCCGGCUCGGAGAACAUGCUCAAGCCGCCCAACUCCAACUACCUGAGCGUUCCAGACGAAGGUUCGGUGUCGGAGGAGCGCGGCGGCGCCCCCCCCUCGCCCGAGGACCGGGACGGCGGCCUCUUCCUGCUCAAGAAGGACAGCGAGAGGCGAGCCAUUUUGUUCAAGGUCCUCAACGAGGACCAGGAGAAGGUCAUCUCCAACCUGAAGGAGAACUACAUCCAGGGCAGCGAGGAGCUUCAGCUGUCUGUGGAGCACAUCAAGCAGAUCAUCUGCAUCCUGCGAGACUUCAUCCACUCCCCGGAGAGGCGCGUCAUGGCGGCCACCAUCUCCAAGCUCAAGCUGGACCUGGACUUUGACUCCACCUCCAUCAACCAGAUCCAGCUGGUGCUCUUUGGCUUCCAAGACUCGGUGAACAAGGUCCUGAGGAAUCAUCACAUCAAACCUCACUGGAUGUUCGCCAUGGACAACAUUAUCCGCAGGGCUGUGCAGGCCGCCAUCACCAUCCUCAUUCCAGAGCUACAGACUCACUUCGGGCCGGCGUCGGAGUGCGAGGGCGCCGAGAAGGAGGACGAGGUGGACGAGGAGGAGGCCGAGUUCGGUCCCGUCUUGGCGCCGGCCGCCGCCGACGAGCCCGGGACGGCCGCCGACGCCGCGCUGCACUCGGCCGUCGCCGCGCUGCACCCGGCGCACGCCCACGAGCACCAACGCUCGCACCAGCACCAGAUGGGGGUGCAGUUGGGCCGCCUCAAGCAGGAGAACAGCAGGCUGCUGGAGGAACUGCUGCACAAGGAGCGAGAGUACCAGCAAGUGCUGAAGGCCACGCUGCAGCAGCGCACGCAAGACCUGGACCUGGUCAGAGUCCGCCACAGACCUCCAGACUUUUCCCCUCCCUCCAUCUUCCACAUUUCGGCGGACCACGAGCCGGACAAGCAGCUCACCGAUUGGCUGAAGGAGCAGGGGGCUGACCCAGACACCAUCGAUAAGUUUGCGCUUGAAGAAUACACGCUGAUUGACAUCCUGAACGAUGUCACCAAAGACGACCUGCGAUGUCUCCACCUCAGGGGCGGCGUCCUGUGCCGGAUCUGGCGGGCCAUCCAGCGGCACCGCGAGCGAGCGAGGCUGAGAGGAGACGAGCGUUCGGAGGACGAAGCGUGACGUACGCUCGCCGCGAAAACGACCAAACUGCCACCGUGCCUUUUUCGUUUUUUUUUUUUUUUUUCCUGCUCGACUUGACCAAAGCGCUUUAGUGCAGGCACUACCAAUAGCAAUAAUACUAGGAUGCAAUUUCCACAACUGAUAUAUUGAAAAGAAAAUCAGCUACGCUGCCUUACCAUAUCUAUGUUACUGACAAAUGAAAAUUCAGUAAGCAUAAAAAUAUCAAAACAAAUAAUUCAUUACAAAAACUCAAAAAAAAAUCUGAAUGUGUGCCAUUAGUUGGGGACCUUUUCUGCCUCUACUUCUUGCUCUUAAUUACACUGCGUCUCUGCCAGUUGAGCUCAGUGCUGCCUGGCAUGUUGUGGCCCGACAUGGUACUACACCGAAGGUGGGCAACUAUAAAUUCAAUACUUCCCUGUAUACUGAAGAAACUCGUAAAAAAAAAGGAUUGCUUGACAAUCUGUGGUGUCUUGGGGUGCCAACGAUGCACUGUCAUGUUUUCUUGGGAGCUAUUACUUAAAAACUCAGCAUAAAUGACAGUUGUUGUUUUUCUGGGAAGAAAUGUGAGUCUUUUAUUUUGUCAGUCUUCACUGUUUUUAUUUUGAAUCUUGAUGGAAGAGCUCUCCAACUGACAGUAUAUUUCUCUAUUUUAAGGAUUGUUGGUGAAGUAAAACGUGUUUACACAAAGAUUAUGACGUGUGCCUUCAUAAUUCACAUCGAUUUAAGCAGAAUUCAGAGUUUAAUGGUGAAUUUAUGCAACCGUGUCGACAGUGUACCGUAGAAAAAAAAAAAAGUUUUCCAUCAGUCUUGAAUGGUUUUUGCUUGCUUUUAUCUACGAAGCCGACGCUUAAGUCACUUGUGGAUCUCGCAUCGAUGUUACGGCAGUCACAAGCAUUUAAUUGUUCAACACUACAAUUGCCUCGUCUUUGUCUUACUUUUUUAAAACCUGAAUUCUCUUUUCCAGCAAACUUUGUCCCCUGUUAGAGCAUCCCAAUGCGGUUUUAUUUAUAAAUUGUUUGCCACCCAUGACCAAACUAGUUAUGAUUUGGACUUUACUUACAGAUGACAUCUAUCAGCUUCUAGAACAUAGUUAUGUAAAUUUUCUCCCAUGUUCUCGUUUGACUGCGUGCCUCUGUUGUUUCCUGUUUGCUUUGCAAUAAACCUGGAAACGAUGCGUGACGUGCA